CGUAUAGAAAAACAUCAUUAUUAUUGUACAUAUUAUUGUUAUUUUCGUUUCCUGAUGCAAUCACCUGGAGGAUAUUUAAGAAAAAUAACGGUCAACAGUUUUAUUUAUCAAGCAUGAUUUCGAUUUCAAAGACCUACUUUUGGAUUUUUUACUCUUGUUUCCUGUGCAUCCAAGUACAGGCUUACUUCUGGGAAAGGAGCGGAUGCCAUAAAGUCGGGCAUACAAGAAGGGUUAGUAUACCAGAUUGUGUGGAAUUCGAUAUCACUACAAAUGCCUGCCGAGGAUUCUGUGUUUCGUUUUCGAUUCCUUCAUCCGAAGAGACUCUAAGAAUCAAUCCUCAUCAAGCAAUUACAUCCAUGGGAUAUUGCUGUAACAUUAUGGAAACAGAAGACGUAAGUGAUUAUUAUCCUUACUCUGUAAAUUUUUACUUUCGCUUUGAUUAA